GACAAGUCAAGCAAGUGUGAUCCUGGUCUCCUCAGAGUUUGGCUAUCCGUUUCGUCUGGUAGCAAGCGGCUUAGCCUUGAGCACCAUCGGACAAGUCAUUAUCAUCGGCGAAGUGCCAGAGUCAGACAUGCUCAAGAUGCUGAAGGAUGAUUGGAGCAUGGACGAGGACUUGGCAGAGAUGUUCUACAACUACUUUGGCGGCGACAUUUACACCACCAAGCAGGCUUUGGACAGCCUCAUUCGGAAGAAAGAUACCUUCGACCCCUUUGCGGUUGUGCGAUGUCCCGGGCUGCCUUCGUGUGUGGAAAAUGCAGCGGCCAGGGCUCACCUCGAGAACAUCGCGAAGCAAGGCUUCUCUUUGGUGAAGAAUGUGAAGACGGACGAAGGUGCGAGGAUGAUUGCCCAGGAGAACGUGGGCGGGGUCAUCGACAAGGAUGCCAUCACCUUCGGUUUACCCACCAUCUUCACUGGCGCAGACACGGAAUGGGCUGUCAUCCCCUCGUCUUAUCAUAUGAAGCUGCUGAUUGCCCGUAAGCUCCAACAAAUUCCUUUGCCAACAUCAGGUGGUACUGGGACUGCACAACCAGCCGUUUGGGUGAGACAAAUCCGCAAGGACGGUGAGAAGUUCGCACAGAUUGGCAACCCGUUCAAAGUCACCGGAGAGCUGGCAGACGUGGAUGACCUUAAGAAAGCGAUUGAGAAGGAGAUGAAAUUGUCCAUCGCAGCACCCUUGAUUGAUGUUUUUAGCCAACAGGAUGGAAGUUGGAUUAGGGAAGAUGAAGACGCAUCUGUCAAUCGCGGCACGUCUAAGACAGAUUGCUAUGGCUUCACAUUGCCAUCAGCGUGAGUGCUUUUCUCAGCAGCGUUACGCCUAGCGUUCCACUUGUCUUGCCCUUCUGUGGCUGAGGUGAAACCAAUUGAGAGCAAGGGUUCCCAAUAGUUUCAACGAAUUCCAUCUUUGGAGUAAAUGUAGAGUGGAUGUCGCUGUGGCAUGACCGUGCAUCACUCACAAGAUAUGAGACACUGCGUUGACACUCUUGUCCAGCAGGUUGUGCACACAGCGGGUACAGAAACAGUGAACCAAAAGCUGUUCAAGAUACGUUUCACUCGGGCAAUGUAUACGCCCAAGCACAGCCACGAAUCCAACCAUGCAUUGUGGGAGAAGGUAAGUGCUUGAUUUUGAACCGGCUUUCUUGAGAGA